AUGGUUAAAAAUACUACUUGUGAUAGAUGUGGUCUAAAUCUUUCCACUUAUCAGAAAUAUCAACAACAUUUAAAUCGAAAAAAUCCUUGCCGACCUAAGAAUCUUCCUCAAACUCCAGCCAAUCAAAAUCCUACUGAAAGACAGAUUCUGAUACAAAACCAAGUCCCAGUAGAAAACCCAACUCCAGCCCCUGAAGGUGAUCUCAUAUCAUUUGACGAAAACCCACCGACGCACCAACCAACCCAGCCAAGAGAGGCAAGCAUGCCGGCAGUCGACCUUUUAAUUGAUUUAACGAUAGAUGAAUUAAUUAAAAGGCUAUCAAAACCAAGUGAUGAUGUGGAACAUCAAAGCUCUGCUUCUUCUGAAUAUGAUACAGCAGAUGAGGAUCUUGAUGUCUACUUUGAAAAAAUCAAAGACCCAUAUAUUAAUAGAAAGUCAGAAGCAGAAAAAUUUAAUGAAGGCGAGGUAUGUGAUUAUUAUGCAUUUGUUCCAAGAGAAUAUUAUGCUGAAAGUGAGCCUUUAGCCUUCUUUGAAUCAGUCAAAGAAAAAAUUGCUGAUGUAUAUAAAAGAGAAUUGGCUUUAAAGGGUGGAUUAAAGGUAAGAAUUAUGUUAAUUGCAAAAAUGAAGAAAAUAGAGCCAGAAACCCAAGAACCUAAAUAUAAAACUUUUCCGUUCAAGUAUGAAACUAUAGAAAUUAUAAGAGAAGAUCGAAUUGGAACUGUUAUAGAAAAAGGAUAUAACGAAAUUAUAGAUCAGAUUGAGGAUGAAGCAAUACAAGAAUCAGGUUGGUCAUUUGUUCGAGCAGAAGAGGUAUUUCUUGAGAUAAGUGCAUUCAGACCAUUGCGAGGUAGUAGUUGGUUACCUUUACCAGAAGAUUUAGAUAAGCCACAGCUCGGUUUAAUUAAUCCACAAAAUUUCAAAGACAAUGAAUGUUUUAGAGACUGUAUUAAUAUAUACCAUGCAAGAGAAGAUACACUAAAAGCAGGACAAAAACCUACACAUCUUGAACGUAUAAGCAAGAUUAGACAAUAUGGUAAUAUAGCAAAUUUUGAAGUUAUAAAAUUUCCGGCAACACUCCAUGAUAUAGAUAAAUUCGAAGAAAACAAUCCUAAUUAUGCUAUAAAUAUAUUUAGGCCAGUGUAUAAAGAAGUGUUCAGAAAAAUAAAAGUAGAUAUAGAUCCAUUACAUAUCUCUGAAAGAAAUUAUCAAGUAGAGCAUAUGAUAGAUUUAUUAUAUUUAACAGAAGAUUUAUUAGAAAAGCAUAUUCCAACAUGUCCAGGACCAAGUAAAGCACCACAACGAUUAAUCCUUCCUGAAGAGGAAGCAGAAGAAAUCGAAGCAGAGGAAAAAGAUAAAGAAGGAAAUACUAUAAAAAUAGCAGAACAAAAAGCAGUUUCAUAUGGAUAUACAAUACACUGUUCAGAUGGGACUAUACAAAAACCAGUAAUUAAUCGAGAAUCAGAAAAUAUAAUAAAAGACUUAAUAGAAAACCUUCAAGAAGAUUUGGAUGUUAGUAUAGAUAAGCUUUGUGAUCCAGUUCCAUGUGAAAAAAUGACACCUGAAUUAUGGCAAAAAUAUCAAAUGGCAAAAAAAUGUUGGGGAUGUGAAGAAAAUUUACAUGAAGCUGGAUAUAAUAAAAUUCAUGUAUUCGAUCCUGAAACUAAAAAAUACUUGGGUGCUUCACAUAGAAAAUGUCAUGGGAAAAAACCAAUGAUUCAAGAUGAGGGAAAAAAUAGAGUAAUAGAUCAUGAUCAUAUUACAGGAAAGUUUCACGGAGCAAUGCAUAGUAGUUGUAAUCUCAAAUUACGAAUUGAUCCAGAAACAAUAAAAAUUCCGGUAUUAUUAUGUAAUGGAAGUGGCUACGAUUUUCAUCAUCUAAUGCAAGAAAUAGCAAAAGUGACGGAUGAAAAAAUAGUGCCUAUAGCAAAUAAUUCUGAGCAGUAUAUUACUUUCUCAGUUG